GUGACUCUUAUUCCUAUUUCAACGCAACUUCGGUCUUCUGAACCAAUCCCAAUUCGUUGUCCCAUUCAUUCUCUUCUCCUUAAACAAACUAAGCCAAUCCAAACCCCCUCUCUCUCUCUCUCUCGUCCUAUAUAUAUAAAAACCCACCAACCCCAACUCAACCCAUCGCAUUCUCACAGACAUUUUAUCAAAAAUGAAAAAUUCUCCAAGACCUUCUGGGGCCAUGGCCUCAUUGGCCUGCAUGGCCUUGUUCAUUCUCGUUGGCCUCUCCACGGCCAUGGACAUGUCGAUCAUCGACUACGACGACAAGCACGGCAUGGGCGUCCCGUCUGACAGGACCGAGGCCGAGGUGAAGGCCUUGUACGAGUCGUGGCUGGUCAAGCAUCGCAAAAAUUACAACGCCUUGGGCGAGAAGGAGAGGCGGUUCGAGAUUUUCAAGGACAAUCUCAGGUUCGUCGACGAGCACAACAAGCAGAGCCGGAGUUACAAGGUGGGUUUGAACCGGUUCGCCGAUCUGACCAACGAGGAGUACCGGUCUAUUUACUUGGGUACCAAGGUGGACCGCCGGUUCAGGCUUUCCUGGUCUAGAAAGAGUAACCGGUACGCGUACCGGGCCGGCGAUGAGUUGCCCGAGUCCGUCGAUUGGAGGGCGAAGGGCGCUGUUGCUCCGGUUAAGGAUCAAGGCCAAUGCGGGAGUUGCUGGGCGUUCUCAACCGUUGGUGCAGUGGAAGGGAUAAACAAGAUUGUGACUGGUGAGCUGAUCUCUUUGUCAGAGCAAGAAUUGGUGGAUUGUGAUAGAUCAUACAACCAAGGAUGCAAUGGAGGUCUUAUGGACUAUGCUUUCCAGUUCAUCAUCAACAAUGGUGGCAUUGAUACUGAGGAAGAUUACCCUUACCAUGCUCGAGAUGGUUCAUGUGACCCUAACAGGAAAAACGCUCGGGUUGUGUCCAUUGAUGGUUAUGAAGAUGUUCCAGAAAAUGAUGAGAAAGCCUUGAAGAAGGCUGUGUCACAUCAACCAAUUAGUGUUGCCAUUGAAGCUGGUGGCAGGGAAUUCCAACUCUACCAAUCGGGUGUCUUCACUGGACGCUGUGGAACAGAUCUUGACCAUGGUGUGGUUGCUGUUGGAUAUGGCACCGAAAAUGGUGUAGACUACUGGAUUGUGAGGAACUCAUGGGGUCCAAGUUGGGGAGAGGCUGGUUACAUCAAGUUGGAACGUAAUGUGGCUAGCACCAAUACUGGCAAAUGCGGUAUUGCCAUUGAGGCCUCAUACCCUACCAAGAAGGGUCAGAACCCCCCAAGACCUCCCCCAUCUCCACCAUCUCCUCCUCCUGUGAAGCCCACCAUUGUGUGUGACGACUACUACUCGUGCCCUGUGGGAACCACAUGCUGCUGCACCUAUGAGUACGGCAACUUGUGCUUCGGAUGGGGAUGCUGCCCUCUAGAGUCUGCCACCUGCUGUGAUGACCAUUACAGCUGCUGCCCCCAUGAGUAUCCAGUCUGUGACCUUGAUGCUGGAACUUGCCGAUUGAGCAAGGACAAUCCACUAAGUGUGAAAGCUCUCAAGAGAACUCCGGCUAGAAGCAACCGGCAUUUCCACUUUGCCGGCAAGAUUCCAAGUGCUUGAGGAUCCAAACCUGUGAAAUUGGGUAACCACAAGGAAGAAAGUAAAGUGAGUUUGCUCCGAAGAAAAUAUGCAUACCCCCAAGGAAGAAAUUGCUUUUGUGUUCAUUGAAAUUUC